AGCGUAAAACAAGAUGGCGUCGCCUUGGAAAUAAUUCGCUUUGGAUGGGUUUGUAGGCGGUAAACUCUGCCUUCCUUUAGCUUUCUGUCCUGUAGAGAGGUUUUACUGAUAAAGACACGUUUUCAGAUUAGAUAAGACCACCGAAGGCGCUGUGAGACGCCCAGGUGGAGUCCACCUAUCUGCUGUUUGUUCCCUCCUCCGACCCUCCGGUGAUAGCCGGAGUGGUGAGCCGCUGACAGACAGGAUGGACCCCGGAGAGUACGUCUCUCCCAUGGAGACCAUGGACUCGACUUUAGCGGAAUUGGGGGACGAAUUCACGUUAGGAGACAUAGAUGAGAUGCUGCAGUUUGUUAGUAACCAGGUGGGGGACUUCCAGGACAUGUUUGAGGACCAGAUGACCACAGCAGCCUCCCUACAAAGCGGCGUCAGUGGCUCUGCCCAGCGGCUGGCGAUUCAAACCCCGCCAACUCCCCAGACCCCAAGCAGCACUGCUUUCCAGACUUCCACCAUGGGCCUCGCCCCAUCCCAGACACUGUCUCCUCAGUCUAUACCUCUUACGCCUCCCCUCACCCCUGCACAGACCCCCUCCCCCAACACUCCUCCCUUAGUGCAGCAGCAGUUGAACCGCAGCCCUCCAUUGCUUCAGCCACGGCCUCAGGUGGUCCAGCCCAUCCAGCCUCAACUUCAGCAGACUCCCCAGGCGGCCAUCCAGAUGCACACCCAGGGGGUUGCAUUGCAGACCCAACACUUCCCGGUCCACACCCUGGUUCAGACCCACACCCAGACGCCCCUGCCCAUCCAGACACAAGCACCCCAAACCGUGAUGAUUGCUUCCAACGGGGCGCAGUCUCGCUUUAUCCAGAACCCAGUCAUCUGCCAUCAGAGUCCCGCUUCUGGUUUCCAAGUACUCCAGCCACAAGUGCAGAGCAUCAUGACAUCACAACAACUGCAGCCAGUCACCAUUCAGCAUCAGCGUGUUCUGACCCCAACAGGUCAAACUAUCCAGACUCUCUCUACAGCGCCUACUGCUGUCCACACCAUGCAGCAGCAGAUGCAACAAGUUCCGGUUUUGGUCCAGCAGCCUCAGAUUCUUAAGACAGACUCACUGGUUCUCACAACGCUCAAACCAGAUGGGACUCAGCUGUUGUCCACCAUGCAGAGCCCUGCAGGAAUCACCACCCUGACCACACCCCUCCAGAACCCAGCGUUACAAGUCCCGACUCUGAUGGGCACCAACAUUCUGACCACAGUUCCUGUUAUGAUGGGCGGAGGAGACAGGCUGCCCAUCAAACAGCUCCAGCACAGCUCCAUCACUUGCACUAACGCUGCCAGACCAAGUAUGGAGCAGAGCCUGGUGUCAGCAGCAGUGGCAGGGCAAGGAGUAGUGGUAAAGGAGGGCGAAAGGAGGACAACCCACAACAUCAUCGAGAAGAGAUACAGGUCCUCCAUCAACGAUAAGAUCAUGGAGCUCAGAGACCUCGUCAUGGGCAACGACACAAAGAUGCACAAGUCAGGAGUGCUGAGGAAAGCUAUUGACUACAUAAAGUACCUGCAGCAGGUCAACCACAAACUACGACAAGAGAACCUCACCCUCAAGAUGGCCAACCAGAAGAACAAGCCUGUGAUCAUGUCAGAAGACAUGGAGCUCAAACAGGAGGGAGUGUUGAUGUCCCCUCCGGCCUCAGAUUCCGGCUCCAGCUCCCCACACCAGUUCUCUCCGUACUGUGUCGACUCUGAGCCGGGAAGCCCCUUACUGGAUCACCAUCAGGUGAAGAGCGAGCCAGAUUCUCCCUCCACGGUGGGAGUGAUGGAUCGUUCACGGCUGCUUCUGUGCGCCUUGACGUUGUUCUGCCUGUCUCUAAACCCACUGCCCUCUUUGCUGGGCUCAGAGGACCCAGAAAACCUGACAGCAGCCCACGUCCCAUCACGUACACUUGUCUGGUUUCCAACUCACACACAGGACUUUGGUUCUUGGCUGCGCUGCCUCUUACCGUGGGUGAUCGUUUGGGUCCUGAGUGGAGUGGGGGCGCUGUGGGGCUGUGUCAGGGUGCUGUACCUGUGGGAGCCUGUAACACCCCUUCACUCGCCCAAAUCUGUGUCAUUCUGGAGGCACCGCAAACAAGCAGACCUACAUCUCAACAGGGGAGAUUACACAGCAGCGAUGGCCAGCUUAGAGACUUGUCUCUCCGUCUUGACAAGAGCUCUUCCCUCAAGCCGUCUGGACCUGGUUUGUUCCCUCUCCUGGAAUUUCAUCCGCUACUGUCUGCAUCGUCCAGUGCCUUUUGGCUGGCUGGUCCACCAGGUUGGGGGGAAGUACGAGGGAGAAGAGGCAAAGACGAGUGCAAAAGAUGCAGCGUUGGUUUAUCAUCAGCUGAGCCAGCUGCAGCUCACAGGAAAGUUGUCUCAGCGCAGCAGCCUGUGGGCUUUGUCUCUGUCUCUGAGUGCUGUCAACCUCAGCGAGAGUGCCCAAGGCAAGAUGGCCCCAGCUCAGUUUGCUCAGAUUUAUGUCACUGCAGCAACAGCCCUGCGCACCGUCCUGGGUCACCAUCUCACUUUUCUGUCUGGAUACCUUAUUGGUUGUGCUGAGAGCGUGGCCAACCAGUCGGAGACCAAGCAGAUCCCCGACUGUCUGCGCUGGCUCUUCACUCCCCUGGGGCGUCAGUUUUUCCUAAGCUGUGAUUGGUCGGUGAAAUCAGACAGCAUCGAUGAAAUGUUUACUUCUCAAAGAGACCCAGCCGACCCCAUCGCCCAGCUGCACCAGUGUUUCUGCAGGAAGCUUUUGGAAAGAGCCGUUCACACACUCAUCCAGCCGCAGAGCGACUCUGAUGCAGGCGGCUGCAAGAACAACUUGGGGGAAUUCUCCAGUGCCCUGGAGUUUCUAGAGUUGUUGAACAGCUGCACUGAAGACUCUCCUUCCCCUCCAACCCCCUUCUCAACUCCUCCCAGUCACACCACCAAUUCAGUGGGCGACCCGGUGAGUCGCUGGUGGGCUCUGGUCCUGAAGGCUGCUGUUCAUUGGCUGCAGGGUGAUGAUGUUGCAGUGAGAUCCCUUUUGGCAGAAGCUGAGCGAAUGCAGAGGGCUCUGCUCAUGCUCGACCACCCUCUGCCCAAAGCUGUGCUCCUGCUCUGUAAGGUGGUUCAGAUGAGCCUGUCUACUCUGAAAGGAGACGGAGUGGUGGCCUGCCUCUCUCACUGUGACAGAGCCAGUGGCUACCUGCGCUCCAGCAUCUCCGUGCCACUCGCCCAGUCUGGGAACUGGCUCAACAAGGGGGUGGAGCUUCUUGUUUGUGAUCUACUGCUGACAUUAAGGACCAGUUUAUGGCAGCGAGGAGGCAGCAGUAACGGAGAACCUGGUCCAGCUCCUGGAUCCCAGUUGGCCGGUUUCCAGAGGGACCUAAGCGCCCUCAGGAGGCUCACCCAGUGCUACAGACAGGCACAGCACAAGGUUUUCCUUCAUGAGACCACGGUGCGACUGAUAGCUGGAGCCAGUCCAACAAGGACCCACCAGCUACUGGAGCACAACCUGCGGCGCAGGACACACAGCUCCUAUUCAGCCGACGGUGAGUGCAUUGUUGGUGAGAGGGAGAGAGCUCACGCCAUUCUUCUCGCCUGCCGCCACCUGCCCAUGCCUCUGCUGACCCCGCCGGGCCACAGAGCUCGCCUGCUGGCCGAAGCCAAGCGCACCCUAGAACGAGUGGGGGACCGUCGGUCGGUGCAGGACUGUCAACAGAUUUUGCUGCGCCUCAGCGGGGGCACCACCAUCGCUGCUUCCUAAAGGGGUGCAGUGCAACAACCACCCUUUGUUUUCAUGAAAAGAGUAAA